AUGUUACUAGAUGCUCCAGAAAGACCCCCUCGAUCUCUACGGUACGUGGAGGAUGCUUUCGAUCAGAUCAGUAAAAGGAGAAACAUUCGGGACAUAGUAAUUCUCAACGAUCUGGGGCAUCCGGUAAAGAGUACUAUGGGUCACGAUGACUCCGUUCAGUUUGCUGGACUUUUCCAGGCGAUUCGCGGACGACUGGAGCGAGGGAUGAAGAUAAUUGAUCCCACAGAUGAACUUUUAAUGCUAAGAGUGCGUACAAAAACCAACGAGGUUCUGCUAACGCCAGACUCCAAAAUCACAGUUAUUGUCGUACAAAACGCCCAGGAUGAUUUCCAAAAAUAA